UACUCCUUGCGACGCUCUCUCCGAGUCUCCUUGCUAUUCCGAUGGCGCCAGUAGCGGGUUUUGAAGCGAUCUCCGACGCCGAGUGGCAGCGCUUUCUCGACGCGCGCGACGGCAGCGUCCCCGACGCGUCGGAGAUGCUCCGCGAGCACCUCGCGUGGCGCGCGGCGACCCUGCCGCUGCCGGCCGGCGCGCCGGCGCUGGGCGCGGGCCUGCCGGACCUGCUGGUAUUUGACGGCAAGGCGCGGUCAGGUCACCGCGUCGCGGUGCUCAUGGCUGCGAUGUACGACCCGGACCUCGCCGACGUGGACACCUAUGCCAACGCCAUCGCCGCCAAGCUCGAUGCGUCGCUCGACCGCGACGUCGCCGAGCGGGUCACCAUCAUUGCGGACACGCGCGGCGGCGACGGGUGGGCGAACCCGCCGGCGACCUCGGUCGUGCCCUUUAUGCGCGCCGUCUCGGCCACGCUCUCGGCCAACUUCCCCGAGCGGCUCCACUGCCUGGUCGUGAUGCCGGUGCCGUGGAUCGCCUCGACGCUGUGGACCGUCGUCAAGCAGUUCCUCGACCCGGAGACGGCGCGCAAGGUGGUGCUUCUCGACGGGGCGGCGGACCGCGCGGCACCGUUGCCCGACUCCCUCGGCGAGUACCUCGACCAGGACUGCACUCGCCUGCUCACAGAGCACCGCAGCCGCGCGAUCGAGGCGUCUCAGCCCAAGGCGUCGUGAGCCGCGCCCGCGGCCCCGUGUGACCUCAGACCCUCAGACCGAACCUUGUGUGGCGCCGGCGCGAUAGCAGAGCGGGGUUCUCGCGAGCGCUUCUCACUCUGACCUCUCGUUCGAUGAUGUGGGUUUGGAGAAUAUAUCCCCGCCCCGGGCGCGCGCGAGACGUGCGCACUUCCGGCACUGGCUUUCUCUGGCCUCUCCUCUCCCUGCUAUACCAGUCCGUCUUUUGAUUGUUUCCGUAUUGGACGCUGGAAUAAAGAAAA